UGCGCUUUUUAAUAAUACCGGGCAAGUUCAUCCACAAAUGCGUGGAAAAGAAGUAUACCUGAGCUUUAUAUGUAAUUCAGUGCUGUUCGGCUGUGUGUAAACUCACUCACUCUCAGGACUGCAUGACUGCGCGCUUUAGUUCAGUAUCACUGUGAAAAGUUCGAUUCAGCCCGAAUUAAAGAAUCGAAGCCAAAUCUGCCCGGUUUACUUUCGUUUUCUCUUCGUCGCCCUGGCGAGAUGCGACCAGAUGGGCGCGGUGCAAAUGGAUGAAGAUGGAGGAGGUCGAUUUGGAGAAGGAUGUUAUGAAAGUAGUGGCCGAGGAGGCCACUGUAAUAGUGGACGUUCUGUGCAGAGAGAGGAAUAAUGUUUUGGAGCAGAUCUAUGGCCUGGUGGAACGCAGUACUCGUGACUGGCUUCGGAGCCUCCCCAGUCUCAGGGAAAGGGUUUUGGGCAUUGUGGAUUAUUUCAAGGCCUCAGAUCCUCAGAAAUGCUGCCAGUUUCUCGAAACCAUGUGGAUGUUUUGUCAGAGUAUUCCCUUGGACUUUGAAACAAAGGUGUUGUCUAUAGCUGGAUCUUCAACUGGAGCGCUGAGCUGUUUUCCAGAGACUGAAAAUUCUCCGCGAUCAUGUAACGCAAAACGUGUAUGCUUAGACCAGGUGGAGAGUUACACAAAUGCAGUUAAGCUCUUACUGCAACAGAAAUUUGAGAGGGUGACAAAGGAUGUAGUGAAGGAGGUUUGCCUGGACGAGACAUGGAUGUGUUUAAGGCAACGAAAUUCUGCUCGACUGAGAGACAAAUCUGCACAAGCUCAGGAGGGUGAAGAACCCUUAGAGUGUAAAGAGUCAGCUGAGUCUCUCUUGAGGUCCACUGGCCGAGUGGUAGUACUGUUGGGUCAGGCUGGUUCUGGUAAAACUCUCCUGAUGCACUGCUUGGCCCAUCAUUGGGCCCAAGGCUUCUACCCCUCCAUUAAGCUUUUGUUCCUGUUGGAAUUCCGCCAGCUCAACCUUGUGUCGCAGCCAUUGUCCCUGAAAGAGCUGUUGUUUCGGUUUUUUCUUCUACCUGAAGGUGGCGAUGAGCAAAGUGAGGCAGUUUUCAGUUACAUCCUCUCCAACCCAGAGAAAAUCUGCUUCAUAUUUGAUGGAUAUGAUGAGUUUGGGACAAAAUUCACGGAUCCAGAGAAGCUUCCUAGUCCUUUAGGCCCCUACCAACAGUUAUCAGUGGCCGAUCUCCUCUCUGGGAUCUGUAGCUAUAAGAUCCUGCCCAAGUGCACUGUGCUGGUCACUUGCAGGCCACGGGAUGUGAUUGACCUAUUUGGGAGUUCCGGCUACCUUGUCGCAGAGUUGCUCGGAUUUAGUCAGCAACGUGUGAAGGAGUACACUGAGAAGUACUUCCAGGAAAAGGGAAGCGAACUUAAAGAAAGGGCAGCGAGUCUGCUGAUGGGGAGCCGCCAUCUGCUCUCCAUGUCUCAUGUUCCAGCACUGUGUCAUGUCUGUUGCGUCUGCUUGGACCACUUUCUCUCUGAAGACACAUCUCAGUCACAUGUAAAGCUGCCCACCUCCUUGACUCAAAUCUACCUCCACAUCUUGUCUGCCUUCCUUAGUCGUUGCCAAGGUGGAGGAAGCACCAAAGUUACUAUGCCUUUACUGCAGAAGUACAGGGGUCAGAUCGCUGAGCUGAGCAGACUUGCAAUGAAUGGCCUGGAGAACAGUCGCAUAGUGUUCCUUGCACAGGACCUCUCAACAGAGCUAAUGAACUUUGGUGCCAAUGCUGGAAUUCUGUCCCGUGUGGAUCUUACAUGUGCAGAUGGAUCCCGUCUGGGCUGUGCCUUCAUGCACCUCACCAUGCAGGAGUUUCUGAGUGCUUUGCACCUUAUGACAAGCCCUGACAUCUCAGAGUCACAGCUCAAGAGGAAGCUCAACCUGAAAAGUCGUUGGACUGCCAGGACUGAUCCCAAAACCGUUUUCACAGAUUCCCUUCACCUGUUUAUGUGUGGACUUGCUGCAAAAGCCUGCAGAUCGAGUCUUGCCCUGCUGGAAGGUAGUGAGGAUGCCAUAGCUGUGGUGAAAAAGCGACAGGAGUCAGUCCUUAAGAUUUUGAGGAGCUUCGUGGGGACUGCCAGCCAAACCGGCCCCAAAAUUAUCGAGCUGUGCCGUUGUGCCCAUGAAACACAAGACAUCAGUUUGGCCAAGGAUGUGGCGUCAAGAACCCGCUUUGAGCUGCGGAAUAUCAGACUCAACCCCGUCGACAUGGAUGCCUUGGCAUUUGUAACAUCGGCUGCUGAUCAGAUGGUCUGUCUGGACUUUGGUGGCUGUUCCAUUGAAUUAGAAUGUCUGAGCAUCAUUCCAAACUGCAAGAACCUAGAACACCUCAUUUUUCGUAGCAGGAAGUACGAUGACAAGUUUGCAGAGGCUUUGUCUAGUAUCCUGCCAAACCUCCAGGACUUGAAGCAUUUAGACUUUAUCGGUGGGGGCCUCACUGAUGCCGGAACUGAGAAGCUUAUCAAGGCUUUGGAGUGCUGUCCACAAAUCACACACCUUAAUGUCAAUGAUAACUCUCUAUCAGAUGAAGGUGUAAAAAUGAUUGCAGAUUUGUUCCCUAAACUGGCUAACAUCACAUCUGUCAUGUUGGGAAAGAACAACAUUUCCAGAGAUGGAAUUUUUAUGCUCGUCGAAAAAAUGGCCUCCAUUUCUAGCCUUCAGAAAGUCUAUGUCAGGGGAAGGAAGGAAAUCUCUGUUUUUUUCACUCCAAACUCACAUACACCAAGUGUGAGCACAGAUGACCCUAAGGACACUGAAGCCCCAAAGGAACUAAUCUUGAACAACUAUGAUCUUAAACUGACUCAUUUGACCAGACUGUGCAGCAAACUCAGAGGCUGCUCCUCUUUGAUCAUCCUAAAUUUGUCCAACAACUCCCUUGGUAACAAAAGUUUGAAGAAGCUUCUUGAGCUGUCUAGGCUUGGGACCAUUCAGGAAAUCAAUGUCAGUGACAAUGGAGUGGAUAUGGGUGGACUAGUUUCUCUCUCAGCUUCUCUCAAUACUGAGAAAACCUUGAGAGAAAUCGAUGCUAGUCACAAUGGAAAGCAGAAGCUGAUCUUGAAGUUUAAUCGUAGCACAAGAUACGCAUUAAAACCGUUAAGCACUGAUGGGUCUGAUUUAUACCUCCACAAGAAAUUCAGCUUAACUCACAGUGAUAUCCAUCCUACUGACAUGAACAGGCUGUGUAAGAAUCUGGCCAAGUGCAAACAUUUGCUGGAACUGGAUUUCUCCCAUGGAACCUUUAAGGAUGAGUCGGUUGAGAAGCUCCAGAAGCUCCUUCCAGGAAUGACAUCUCUCCAGCUGCUAAAUAUAAGUUACGUCCAGAUGUCAACAGACGGUGCUCUGUCAUUGAUCAGAUCACUUGCUGAUUGCCCACGCAUCACAUCCAUGGAGCUCAGACAACAAGGAGAAGCAUUCAUUAGAUUUCUCCAAGUCACAUCAGGUGCAGCAACUUGCAAGCUUAUUCAGUAUAAGCUGAAUGGCGACAAUAUAAAGGACCUGUCAGGGAUUCUGGAGCACUGUCCUCACCUUGCCGAUCUGGAUUUGUCUAGUAACUUCCUUAGAGAUGAGGGUGUGAAGAGCUUUGUCAGUUUACUGCCCAGACUUCAGAUUUCCAACUCACUGAGUCUCAGCAACAACAAACUCACCCAACUUGGAGCACUCUACCUCGUGAAUUCACUGAACUCUUGUGAGAAGGUGGUUGCUGUGGAAGUCAGUCUUGGAGCAGAGGAGCGGGUUCUGAUUCACUUUGAGAAGGAGAACGUCACAGGCAAAACGCUCAGUCUAAGGGAAUGUGGUUUUGAGAUGGGCCACUGGCAAAAGCUUUUGGAGAUACUGAACAGAAGCCCUAUUGAACUUAAACUAGAGUUGUCAUCAAAUGUUCUGAACAGUCAAAGCCUGCAUUUUCUAUUGAAUAACCUGGCCAAGCUGUCCUCUGUGCGAACUCUAGAGCUAAGAAACAAUGGUUUGAAUGCCGAGGUGAUUAAGCAUUUGGUUACGCAGCUGAGAAGUGAUUGUGACUACAGAACCAUCCAAAUUGAGGAGCCGUGGAUAAAAGCAGAAGCUGCUGUUUGCCUUGUGUCCAGCUGUCUGGACCUCAACUCACGCAUAAGGGAGAUCAGAGUUGAAAAAACAUGUUUUGAGAUUUCUGUUGAAGGCCUCCCCUCCAGAGCUCCUUCUGAAAACGGGGAUUUCUCUCUGUCUGCUGUUCGCUUUAUAAGUUUUGAUGACUGUGAAGUGGAGGGGCAGCACUUGUCCUUCCUGCAGUCAACACUCCAGAAGUGUUCCUCCUUGCUGAAAUUACAUUUUUCUCAAACAACACUGGGCACAAACGGGGCAGAGUUUUUUUCUUCAGUUCUGCCCUGCCUGAAGAAACUCAAGAGCCUCAGUCUUCAAUCCAAAGGAGAAAGUCUAAAUGAAGCAGUAAUAUUUGCAUUACAGCGUUCACAAAAGCAUCUGGAAAACCUGAGUUUGUCCCAUCAUGUAAUCAAUGACAGUGGAGCUGCAAAACUGGGCAGUGCCCUCCAGGGUUGGACACAUAUGAGAUCACUCAAUCUCUCACACUGCACUGGUUGGACAGCAACAGGAGGUCAUAAGUUGGUUCGUGGGCUGGUGCAGUGCAUCGCUCUGGAAGAAAUGCGGCUGGACUCUGUUGUAAUGGAUGAAAAGAGCGCAGUCUGCCUGGCCCAAGGGAUUCGGAGCAUGACUUCACUUAAGAAGAUCAGUCUGAAUAAGAUGGUCGUGGACUCAAAGGAGGGCAAUGGGGUCCUCUGUCUGCUGGCUUGUCUUCAGUCACUGGGUGGGCUGGAGGAGCUAGAGUUGGAGGGGUUGAGAAUGGGUGAUCGAGGUAUUGAGGAGCUUGUGAAAUACAUCCCUAAAUGGACCACACUGAGAAAAAUAAAUCUGUCAGAGAACUGUGUGAGUGAUCAAGCUGGAGAGAUGCUGGUGAAGGCGUUGUCCCACUGCAGAGCACUGCAGCAACUACAUCUCUUCAGAAACAAACUUGGUCAUGAAUUUGCUGCUCGACUGGGUCAGGUUCUCCCAUCCCUGUCCCAUCUCUCCGAACUGGACCUGUCUGAGAACCAGAUUGGUCAGAAAGGAUCCUUAAGUAUUAGUGAGGGUCUGGUCAGCUUGAAGACACUGAAAAAGCUACGUUUGACCUCCAUUGGAACCUCAGACUUGAUCUGUAUUGUGUCUUGCCUGAAACACUGCACGUCUGUAGAAUCCAUCAGCUUGGCAUGGAAUAAGUGUGGAAAUGACGUGGCAGAGAAACUGGCCGAGGUUCUGCCACAGUGCAGUAAACUGAAAAAAAUUGAUCUGGAAGCCAAUAAUAUCAACAUAACAGGAGCCAAAGCGCUUGCUAAAUGCCUGCAGUCCUGCCCUUGGAUUGAAGUAAUCAGGCUUUGGAGGAAUCCCAUUCCAAAGGAUGACCAGAUUUCGAGGGACCAGAGAUUGAAUUUCUCACCAACCUAAUCUAAAGCACUUCUGUGUGUUUAGGCAUGAUUUUAUGGCACCAUUUUAUUUAAAUUGUUAUUUAUGUGUAUUUACAUUAAUUGGAAUUGGAAGGUGUUUUGUUUACAUUUAUUUGGAGAACACAUUACCUCACUUUAAGAAUCACCAUACCACACAGCACAGUUUGUCUAUUAGUCCAGGAUUCAGAGGUUAAUGGAAGCAAUGCACACAAUUCAUUUUUACACUUUUAAGGGGAAUUCCACCCAUUUUUCAAAAUGUCUGCAUGAGUCAGCCAUUCAGAUGUUAGCAAUAUCAUUCCAAGUGGUUUGAUGUGAAAUGGUGCACUGUAGAGAAAUUUAGCUACUCAGAUUUGUUUACAGUGGCGGUGAUAGGCACCAGGGGUCAUGAUGUCUAAAACAUAAAUAUAGCUGUUUUAUUUUUUUGCUGUAUAAAACCAGUGAUCCCACAGGCAACAAUUUUGUAACAAUUUCAUGUAAUAGCUUCCUGUGAGGUAGAUUUUAGAGGCACUAAAUGCUUCAGAUGUCCAGUUUCCUAUCACUGUGAACAAUUACCAAGCAUGUUUUAUCUAGAAUGCCACAUUUCACAUCACACUGCUCUGAAUGACUUUGUUUACAUCUUAAUCAUUUAUAAGUGCAGAAACUUUGAAAAAAUCAGUUCCCCUUUAAUGCAAUACAGACAGCCCACUGCAGAGCCAUGCUUGCAUGUUCACAGAAAUAGUGUUGCAAAAUCUGGAUUUAUUGUAAUUUCUUGUGAGUCAUCUUUGAGAGCACAGUUUUUUUUGUAACUACAACAAAUCUGUACUCCACACAAUUAAAAUCUUGCAGAUAUGAUAAUCACACUCACACAGAACUUUCUAGUCUUCCAGACUAAUUGUCAUAUUUUUAGUAGUACACAGUUUCUGAAAACGUGAACAGGCAGAUUGGCUUUGGCAUGACAGAUUUAGCACAUUGAUGAAGGCAGCUAUCAGUUAUCACCCUGUGAGAAGCCUGACUCCUUCACGCAUUCUUCCAUUGACCUUGCCUGGGCAUCUCUUGGUUUGUGUUCUCCUGAUCUCUUAUUUAUUCCUGUGUAAACCUAAAGUUUGAGAUUCUGAGUUUGAGAUACUUUUGUAAAGCCUAUUUGUGUUUCAGAAAAAAAAUGUUAGCUUUAGCCAAGUUAGCUGAAGAGUUGCAUGCUGUUUAGCAUUUGAUUUAAAAUUGCUGGUUCAA